GAUCCAGAUCCGUAACCUAAAGCUAACCAUUCUCUUGCUUUAUAUCAACAAUCAAAUCAAUCCUCCAACGCACAAACAUCAUGCAAGCAAUCCUCCACAAGAUCGUUGGGCCUACAGAAGUUCACCCAGAGAACCUCGAUGGCCGCGUUGCGGUAGUUACCGGAGGUGCUCUCGGUAUCGGUUAUGAAGUCAGCCGCGCACUCGCCAUUGCAGGCGUUAAAGUCAUCAUGGUGAAUCGAAAGGAAGAGCAAGGAAACGAUGCUAUUGAGAGCAUAAAGAAAGAGAAGGCCGACGCCCAAGUCGAGUGGAAGCACUGUGAUUUGGGAAAUCUGCGCGAGGUCAAGGAAGUUUUCUCGGAGCUGCGAAAUUCGUUGGAUCGUCUCGACUUCCUGGUGCUCUCAGCCGGUAUCAACGUCAACCAGUACGGCGAGGACUCUGAUGGCAUUGAUCGCCACUUUGGCGUGAACUAUCUCGGACAUUACUACGCGUGCAAUCAGCUAUGGCCACUUCUUCGCAAGACCGGAAAGCUAGGUACAAAACCAAGCCCAAGAGUUGUGUUCGAGUCUAGCGAGAUGCACCGAACUGCGCCGCCUGAUGUACAUUUCGGCAGCUUGGAAGAGAUCAACGAUAGCUCCAUGGAUCCCACACGACUGUAUGGGCGCACGAAGCUUGCCAUGAUACUUUUCGCGAAGUACGGUCUGCGUGAUCGUGUCAUCAAGCCAAACGGUGACAACAUCUACGCAAUUUCAGUGCACCCAGGCGCGGUAAACACAGCCAUGCAGCAGCAAUGGAAAGAUGCCUAUCCUGGUAUCACUGGACAGAUCUUAUCUCGAACAAUGUUGCUAGGUGGUCGUUCGCCAGAGCAAGGGUCUUACAGUGCUCUGUGGGCACUCACUGCGCCCGAGAUCGAAGAGAAGGACCUUAACGGUCACUACUUCAAUGACCCAGGUCAGCCAGGUAAGGAGACUGCGCAGGCCAGUGAUGCAAACUUAGGUGCCGCGCUUUGGGGCCUGAGUGAGAGGAUCAUUACAGGCAAACUGGGUGACGAUGCGAUAUUGAGCUGGAGCGAACAGAAGUGAACUCUAAUUAGAGGGGUUGGACUUGGGUGAUUGGUGAAUAGUCUCUUUUAGCAAGAACGAGCAUGAAAGCCACAGGAGAUUUUCGAUGUGUUAGUUGUUCGUCGUUACGUCCCUGUAUUGCACAGACAAAUGAAUUAUUCAUCACACAUG